AUGGCGCUGGUUGGAACGGGUUCGAAGAUGAUGAACGUCAAGUGUAUGAAGCAUCGAACUGUUUAUGUGCUUAGCCUUCUGCUGGUAGCUGUCAGCGCCGCGUCACUGCGUUCGAGGCGCGAUGUCAGCGAAUUGGCGCCCAAGUAUUUGCCACCCGCCGAGCUGCAAGCAUCCAAGUCGACGAGUGAGGACCAAUCCCAAGGCUAUGUCUAUAGGACUGUGCGUCAUCGCCGCUAUAGGUUGCGCCAGCGUCGAGAUGUCUCGCACUUGCCUUUGGAGUAUUUGCCACCUGUAGAGCUGCCCCCAUUACCUAGUCGCGACUAUUUGCCCCCGGUGGAGCGUCAAGCAGCAAGCCUGCCAAGCGUGGUGGAGCCAGCGCGAGAUUAUUUGCCACCAGUUGAGCCCAAGCCGAACAACGAGUAUUUGCCGCCAGCACCUGUGAAUGAGCUGGUCGAGGAGGAGCCAGAGCCGGAACCAACUACAACAACAGAAGCUGAACCAGAGCCAACGACCACGGAACUGCCAACUACCGAGGCUACGACUGAGGCUGUGUUAGAGGAGGAACCUGAGCUGAAAACACACGAGCCCGUCGAGUCCGGAGCUCUGCAGGCCGAUGGCUAUCACUAUAACAAGCCUGCGUUCAUUCCCGACUUGUCGCCGGUGCCGGAAAUUAAGGAGCUGCCCACACGUGAGUAUCUGCCGCCAUUGGGGGACAACGUCGUUGUGGCCGAUGGUCCAGAUAAUGAUGAGAGCGCCGCCUUGCUAGACGAUGGUUACCACUAUCGUGCCAUUAAGCGUGUGCGUCUCUUCUAG